GGUCCGUUGCAGUUUCAUCAUUUCUGGUUGUUGAACAGAAUGCCCUCUGAUGACCGACACCUGUCUUCCAGCUGCGGUUCCUACGUGAAGACCGAACCCUCCAGUCCUUCCUCCUCUCUCGUGGACACCGGCAGCCACCACAGCCCCAGCGGCAACUCGGACGCCAGCGGCGGCUACAUCGGACGCUCGCACGCGCUGGACUCCCCGCCCAUGUUCAACCCUGGCAUGCUCGGGGGUGGCAGCUCCUGCCUGCGCCGCUAUGAGGAAUGCCCCAGCAGCAUGGCAGACGACUCGCCCAUAAAGUGCGAGUACAUGCUCAACGCCAUUCCCAAGAGGCUGUGCCUGGUGUGCGGCGACAUUGCCUCGGGGUACCACUACGGGGUGGCGUCCUGUGAGGCCUGCAAAGCCUUUUUCAAAAGAACAAUACAAGGAAAUAUCGAGUACAGCUGUCCGGCCACCAACGAAUGUGAAAUCACCAAGAGGCGACGGAAGUCCUGCCAAGCCUGCCGCUUCAUGAAAUGCCUUAAAGUGGGCAUGCUGAAGGAAGGUGUGCGUCUAGAUCGAGUGCGAGGAGGAAGACAGAAAUACAAACGAAGGCUGGACUCUGAAAACGGCGCCUACCUCACCCUCAGCAUCCCCCCACCAGCCAAAAAGCCACUCACAAAGAUCGUCUCCCAUCUGCUGGUGGUGGAACCGGAGAAGAUCUACGCCAUGCCCGACCCCACCAUGCCAGACGGAGACGUCAAGGCCUUGACCACUCUGUGCGACCUGGCGGACCGGGAGCUGGUGGUCAUCAUCGGCUGGGCCAAACAUAUCCCAGGCUUUGCCACGCUCUCCCUGGCAGACCAGAUGAGUCUGCUGCAGAGCGCCUGGAUGGAGAUCCUGGUGCUGAGCAUCGUCUUUCGCUCGCUGCCGUGCGACGAUGAGAUUGUGUACGCGGAGGACUACGUGGUGGAUGAGGAGCAGGCCAGGAUCUCGGGUCUGCUGGACCUUCACGUCGCCAUCGUGCCGCUGGUCCGUCGGUACAAGAAGCUGCGCAUGGAGAAGGAGGAGUUUGUCAUGCUCAAGGCCAUCGCCCUCGCCAACUCUGACUCCAUGCACAUAGAGAACAUCGAGGCCGUCCAGAAGCUCCAGGAUUCCCUGCACGAGGCCCUUCAGGACUUCGAGGCCUCGCAGCACCCCGAGGACCCGCGGCGAGUGGGCAAGCUGCUGAUGACCCUGCCUCUGCUGCGUCAGACCGCCACCAAGGCCGUCCAGCACUUCUACAGCAUCAAAAUGCAGGGCAAAGUGCCCAUGCACAAACUGUUCCUGGAGAUGCUGGAGGCCAAGGCUUGACACCCGUAAAAGUGGAGUGCCAACUAUGAGAGAGAGAGAGAGAUGCAGCUGAAAAUCAGAAAUGACACGGGGACCAUGAUGAUGUACAUACAUGUACAGAAAAGAGGAAACUGAG